AUGAAUCUACAACGUAUGACGCUGUUACUUGUGCUUACUGCUUUGAUAUGCUCUUACGUGAUUAGCACAAAAGUGGAAUGGCUGCAACAUCCAGAAUUUCUCGAUGGAUCAUACGAUAAAGACAAGGAGCGGUGGAUAAUGAAACAUCAAGGCCAUAGGCCAAGAUUGGUUACCCAAUUAGGCAUCAAAGAGGAAAUGGACAUUGUACCUCGGCGAUCAACCAAGCGAGCUUUGAAAUUGAUGGCACUUGGUGAUGCAUCUUAUGAGGUAUCUGAUGAUAUUGAUAGAUACAAAAUUUGGAAUGUGGAAAAGGUGCCAAUUCGGAACAAGCAUACGAGGAGAGCGUAUGAUAACGUGCGAUCACACAACUUACCGAUUCCCGAACGUUGGGAUGGUCAAAUACGACAAUAUGAGGGGGAACGCAAGAAUAUUUUGGCAGUAAGCGAACGUAGAGAGAAAUAUCCGUUUGAAAAAAAGAAGAAAAUAGAUCCGUUGAAAUGCAUGGGACAAAGAGACGGUUUAUAUGAGGCUGGACCAUGUGAACGGUGGUACUUAUCGUGUCGUAAUGGGAAGGCGAAAAAAAUUUUUUGUGUUAAUGGGCUGUACUGGAAUGGUGAUAAAAGUCGAUGUGAACCAAAAACCAAUAUUAUCUAUUGCCGGCUGAAGUUUGACUGUACUGGAAUGGAUGACGGUGUUUACGUCGAUGGUUGUUCGAAUGUCUUCUGGUUUUGUAACAGUGAGACAGCAUCGCUUUCCAAAUGUCCAAAGGAUUUAUACUUUAGCAUCAAUAAGCUAAGAUGCGAUUUCAAAGAAACGAUACCGGCAUGUGGUGGUAUUGACCACGAUGAAAUGAAGUCGAUCAGUUAUCAGGAAAAAAAUUUUAGGAAGUCAAGGCAGAACUGGAAGGAGCAAAUCACUGACAAGAUGUUGAAACCUCAUCAGAAACAAGACAUUUGUGAAAAGCGGAAAGACGGAAAGUAUGCCAUUGGUAAAUGUUAUGAUAGAUUUCUUUUUUGCGUCGGUGGAAAGAGUUUGGUCGUUAAGUGUCAUUACGGUCAGUUGUACUCGUCGGAUUAUCAACAAUGUACAGAUCCUCGAAAUUUGCCGUUUUGCAGUGAUUUUACGGAUCUGGAGACAACAACAGUUGCUGAAUAUUCUGUUUCAUGUUCUUUGCUCCCAGAUGGGAUCUAUGAGCUGGGAGAUUGUGAAAGAAACUUUUCAAUUUGUCGUAAUGGAGUGGGAAGUAAUGCUUCAUGUGACCUGGGUUUUGUUUAUAACGGGCAAACAGGACAUUGCGACUAUGAGUUCAAUGUUGAAAAGUGCUCAAAGUUCAAAAAAACUGAAGAAGUGCAUGGACAGAUAGCACUUACAGGAAUCGUCGAUAAGAUGAUGGGAUCUUACCGGAAACAAAAUAUUUGUCAAAAAUGGGAAAAUGGCAUGUAUUCCAUUGCAAAGUGCUACGGGAAAUACCUUUUUUGCAUUGAUGGAAGAGGUCUUGUCGUUAUUUGCAGCCAUGGACAAUUGUUUUCUCCUGAACAUCAGCAAUGUAUGGAUGCUGAAAAAUUAUCUUCUUGUGCUGAUUUAGCAAAUCCGAAAACAACCACCACCACUGGAUAUUCUGCUCAAUGCUCUUCUCUUUCCGAUGGAGUCUACGAACUAGGAAAUUGUGAACGGAAUUUUUUAAUUUGUUUUAAUGGAGAGGGAAGCAUUGCUUCAUGUGAUCCGGAUUUUGUGUAUAAUGGGCAAACAGGGCACUGUGACUACAAGCUUAAAGUUGAAAAAUGCUUGAAGUAUAGAGGAAAGAAGCAAAGACGAGACAAAUCAUCUUUGUCGCAUGAAAAUACAGAAUGUCGUUGUAAAGGACAGAAAGAUGGUCUAUAUGCAGUAGGAUGUACUGAAAAAUUCUAUUCGUGCUCAAAUGGUAUUUCAACUGGACAUGAAUGUCCAAUGGACUUAGUUUUCAAUGUUGACAGUGGUUUUUGCGAUUAUCCGAAGAAUGUUGUUGCUUGCGGUGGACAUCAACUGAUAAUGGGUGAUGAAGUCGGCGCUGAUGAGGAAGGAAUUGCUUCCAACUUAGUUUCUGGAUGUUCAAUUUUGGAAGAUGGCAUUUAUGGCUUAUCACCUUGUGGUUCCGGAUAUUAUCAUUGUUUACGUGGUGCAACGUCUUUUGCAAAAUGCGCAUUUGAUUUAGUGUUCAAUCCUUCCUUGAAUCGAUGUGAUUUUAGGAAUAAUGUUCCUGGCUGCAUACAGUCCAACGAGACAUCAGAUAAAAUCAGAAGACCGGUACAUGGUCCUACGAUUAAUCCCUUAGAAGAUGAUAUUUCGAAAUGUGAGAACUUGAGAGAUGGUUUUUAUGUGGAGGGUUGUAGCAGAAUAUAUUAUGGCUGCGCAAAUGGCGAAACAUUUUAUAUGAAUUGUCCAUGGGAUCUCGCUUUCGAUUAUCGAAGUGGUACUUGCGAUGAGCCAAAUAAUGUCGGGGCUUGCAGAAGCGAAGAAAUGCCAUUAUUAUUAUUUGACAGUACUGCGCCACUCAUGCCAAGUUGUACUGCUCUUUCAAAUGGCGCUUAUCAGUUUGGUCCUUGCUUAGCUGAUUAUAUUUUAUGUCAAGAUGGCGUUACUAAUUUGGCCAGUUGUCCUGAUCUGUUGGUUUUUAAUCCAGACUAUUCGCGAUGUACCUUGCGGUCUGAAGUUAUCGCAUGCAGAAAAGUCAAUCAGUCGAUUAAAAAAUUAGAUGUUCAGUGUGCUGUUCGACCAGAUGGGAUAUUUUCGUUUAAUUGUUCGAAAAACUUUUAUAUCUGUGCAAAAGGAAAAACAUAUUUAUUCACAUGUCCUGAUGGGAUGGUCUACGACAGUAAAUUUCGUCGAUGUGAAAAUUCUGCUGAAGCUCAGGGUUGUGUCCAAACUGAGUCUUCCGUGGUUCAAUUACCACAGGAACUGUCACAUAAACCACCUGACGUAGUAGUGAAAAGCGAUGAUAAAUUUUGUGAUGGUCGUCCUGAUGCGAAUUAUGCAGCCGGAUUAUGUUCGAGAGUUUUCUUUUCAUGCGUUCACAUGACAAAAGUGUUAAUGUUAUGUCCUGAAACACUUGUAUUUGAUGCAUCAACCAAUCGUUGUGAUGAACCAAAAAAUGUCGCAGAAUGCCGAAAUAAUUUUGUAACUGAUGGGCAGGAUGUAACAAAAGAACUUACAACUUCUGCAAUUACACAACCCUGUGUAGGACGAAAGGAUAAUAUUUAUCAACUGGAUUCUUGUUUGAGGAGCUAUUUGCAAUGUUACAAUCAGGAAGGAAUAGUGAAAUAUUGUCCAGAGAAUAUGGUCUUUGAUGGAAGUCUUUCUACCUGUGUUCCAAAAGCAGCUUGUAAUGAAGAAAUGAGACCAUUACACGUAGCACUCGGAAGUGUAGGAAAUAUUGAUGUUGAAAAUAAGCUAACUCCUGAGGCUACCAAAUAUUCGCUACGCUGUUAUAAAUUAGCGGAUGGUGACUAUUCGGCGGGUUGUGUUCCGGACUUCACAACAUGUGUCGGUGGUACAGAAAUCCAUAAGAAAUGUCCGAAUUCAAUGGUAUUUUCGAAUGUUUUGCGUCAAUGCGUAUCUUACGACCAGUGCGCACUUUUUAUGUACCGAGUAUUAGCUUCGUUUUAUCCAUCACUUGGACUAGACAAUCAUAAAGAAUGGGUGAAACAACAAAGCACUGUGAUUACACCGUCAAUUUAUGAUCCUGUAUUGCCACCACCGGAAGCUAGUACAGUUGAAGAACGUUGCCAAUGUCAAGUACGAUGCCUCGAUACACCUAUUGAAAAUGGCAAUAAUAUGCCAGUUUGCGGUGAAGAUGUAAAUCGUUGCAAAUAUGCUAGGAAACAAUGUGCCAAUGAAGCUAGUGAUAGUAGAAAGAUCGAUCAAAUACCAACCGAGAGACCAGUAACAAUGGAAUCAUACUCUGAAGAAGAAGAGAAUGAGAUUCAUUUCUGUGUGCCAGAAGUAUCCGGGAAUCGGAUAGAUUCAAUCAGAUGUGAUAAUAUGGACGAUGGAUUAUAUGCGUUGGAUUGUUGGGAUAAGGUUGUUAUUUGUAGUGGUGGUUGGAAAAAAAUUUAUGGAUGUCCACAGGGACAGUUCUUCAUUCCGUCACUCGAAAAAUGUGAUGAAUCCUGGAAAUGCAUUGAAACGAAUUCAUGUGGAUCGGACUUUGUUAGUGUAAUCUAUUUAGGAAAAGUUGAAUCAAUUGCACCAUCGAUUUCGCCUGUAUCAAUUGGUAAUUUUUCAUGUGCAAAUAAGGCAGAUGGAAAUUAUGGAAAGCAAUGUUCACCGAUAUACAUUAGAUGUGUUCAACAAAUACCAACUUCAAUGACAUGCCAAACAGGACGACUUUUUGACGAAUAUUCCAGUCGUUGUGUAUCUUCAGAUCAUUGUCCUAUGUUAUCCACUACUUUUGAUAUUAGCAAGGUUCAAUGCGUUGAAAAUGAACGUUUCGGAAUUAGCAAAUGCAAUGAUCACUAUUACGCAUGUUCAAAUGGCAAAUUUGUCCUUUACAAAUGUCCACCUGGUCAUAUUUUUGAUACUGUUCGUGGAGUUUGCGGCUCCAAAUGUGAGCUUUGUGGCUGCCAAGCUGAUAAUUUAAUGAGUAUAUCGCCGUGUAAUCCUGGUGAAGUUAUUCCUCUCGGGCCUUGUGAGAAUACGUACUUUGAAUGCGGUGGGCAUCGAACCUUCGAACUGAGACAUUGCAUGAAUGGUAAAUAUUUCGACCGAGUACUACUUAUUUGCCGAUUCCAGUAUGAAAUUGCGGAAUGUUUUGGGAAUUCCAUUUCUGUUUCUGCAUUAUACCGUGUACACGAUUCAUUUAAACAUCCAUUACGAUUGAGAUUGCCGUACACACAAUCCGCCAGAAUUGUGCCAAACAGACAUCCGAAUAUGUUUUUUGGCAGUUUUUUCCAAGCUCCACCACGCAACAUAUUUAUUCCACAUAUGGCUCGAGAACAGCAUGCCUCACGUGUUCUUAAAAAUUUAGCUGGUCAACUGAGGGACGUUAAAGACACUUUCCGUGUUAUUCCAUCUCUAAUGAGAGGCAUUCCGAACAUGCGGACUCGGGGAUUUAUUGAUCAGUUUCACCUGCCCGGUAAUUUUCCGACAUAUUCUUUUGGGGCUUCACAACCUUCCAUUUCGCAUGAUUCAACAGUGACUUCGCCAUCGGAUUCUGAUGGCUCUGAUGGAGCCACCAACAGAAAUGGAGCAGUAGAUAGUCUAGAAGGUAGUGGUGAAGGUGAUAAUACAUCUGCAGUAACUGGUAAUGGUCGCGUGAAGCGUCAUUUAUCAUAUGACAGUGAGAUUUCUGAAAUGGAAAUCGAAUUAGUAAAAGGAUUGGAGAGUAAGUGGAGAGCAGAUUUGGAAACGGAAUUGGAGGAUGAUUCUUUCCGGAGCGGAUCGAAUCUCUGUCCUUCUAAAACAGAUUCAUUCAAUAUUACGUUAGGUAUUUGUCGUCCGAGUUACAUUUUUUGCAAUGGGAAGGAAAAUUUCGCUUAUGUGAUGGACUGCAACGAUGGAGAGCUUUUCGAUAGUGAGUUGAAAGAAUGUAUACCCGCAGCACACUGCGUACAAAGAACAUAUCGUCAGAAUAAUGUAAAUGAAAAAACUCCAUGCGAUUUAUUGCCGGAUGGCACAUAUGCUUUGCCGGGUUGUAGUAAACAUUUUCUUUCCUGUGUAUCCAACAAAGCGUUAUUAAGAAGUUGCCAAGAUGGACUAUAUUACGAUGGAAGCAAACAACGAUGUGACUAUAAAGAACGCAUAGCAAAUUGCGAUGGUCACUCAAAUCUUGAAAACGUAAUAGAAGGGGCAAAAAUUACAGUAGCAAGUGCUAAUCAUGAAGUACUUUCCACCUUACCAAACUUUACAUGCUCUAUUAACAGUACCGUAUCUCUCGGAUGUUCGCCAUCUUUUGUUAUAUGUGCUGGCGGUAUUGCAUAUACAACAAGUUCAUGUAACAGGAUAGAGGAUACUCCAGAAUGUGAUAAAGAAGAGAACAAGAAAAGGAUGCUCUCAGUGACCAAGGGAUUCAGUUCCUAUCCGCCAUUGGAAGGAUUCGAUGAUUUACCUCAUACUUUGGUAAAUCUGACUAAAGUUUCAUAUGAUGCUUCCAGUUUUGAUUGUAUGAGUGUUCCUGAUGGAUUGUUUGCUUCUAAAUGCUCACCACUUUUCUUCGUUUGUUCCGCUAGUCACCUAACUGGAUUCGUAUGCCAGGAUGAAUUAUCUUUCAAUAUCGAAACAGGAUUUUGUGAUCAAAAAGAAUAUGUUGCAUCUUGUGAAGAAACCGAUCUCGUGAAUUUUUCCACUACAUCCCCCUCUAUCACUGAAAAAAUAUCGUUGGAACCAAGUUUUAUCACCGCUCAAUCAUCUUAUCAUUCAACUCCAAUUAAACGAUGGAUGUGCGAGGAAGGAUUUAACGGCAUAAUGUCCAGAGGUUGUUCAAGGAAGUUCGUCCUCUGUAUCCAAAAUGAAAGUCAUUUAUUCUUUUGUCAACAAGGCCUCGUGUAUAAUAUCAACAACAAUCGUUGUGAUCACCCACGAAAUGUUGCUGCUUGUGGUAACAAAGCUGGAAUUUCGUUCAGAAAAAGAGCAUACGGGACAUCUGAUUUCGACAAAGAUUCGACCUCCAAUUUUCGUGCUGUAGAUUUGCAAGCAGCUGAUUCUUCAAAUCAUAUGAUGCAAGCGCGUUGCAAUGCAUCACGAGGUCAAAUUGCUGCAUAUGGUCAUUGUCGGGGUGACUAUAUUUCCUGUCCGCAGUCUGGAAUUCUUCGUAAGUCGUACUGCACAAAUGGCUACUUGUUUGAUGAGGAUGUUGGACGCUGUGUUCCAGCAGAAGUUUGUGGAAUAGUUGAUGAUGCUGUUGCAGAAUCUGGGUCAUUAGCAAAGGAAAAAUGUGAUGGUAUAGAGGAUGGUGUUUCAAAAGGGAUCGGUCUAUGUUUAAGUGAAUAUUACGUAUGUAAGAAGGGUGUUCCGAUUCGCAGACGUUGCUUUAAAUAUUUGGAGACAUUUUCUGCAACUGCUGGUGCAUGCAUAGCACGGUCGCUGAAUCCUGAAUGCACGCAGAAAUCAGCUAUACUAACAGAAGGAAUCAAAAAAUUCAGUGACGACUUUUGUGUCCAUCGGCCGAAUGGGUUUUAUCGGCAUCCUACAGACUGUACAAGAAUCUUACAGUGUUUUGGUGAGGAGUUGUUUGAACACCUACCAUGUAAUGAUGGACUUGUUUUCAAUGAAAUAUCCGGUGGCUGUGAUUAUAGAAGCAAUGUUCCGGAAUGUGCUGCUAUUGAGAAAUCCGCGGAAGAUAAUUGUAAGGGAAAGUCUCACGGUGACCAUCUGGCAGAUGAGAAAGACUGCUCGGUGUUCUAUCGAUGUGUAUGGGGCAAACUGGAAAAACUUUUUUGUCCAGAGCAUACUGUUUUUAAUCCUGAACUCAGUGUAUGUGACUUCCCUAGUGCGGUACCGUAUUGUAAAGUUACUAUGUGA